AUGCAUUUGCUACGUCUUACCUCCAUGUCCCUGCAAGCCCUCAUCAUCACAGGCCAACCCACAGACACAUCCAACACCGAAAAUACAGGAACUCUCGAGGAAUUAAUGCUCUCCCAUGGCACGGUCACCAACACGCUAGAAAGCAAUGAUCAGCGACGGGCAGCUGAGGACUUUAACAAUAAUCCCAUCGUGGCAUGUUUUGGUCCAGUUAACUAG